AACGUAAUAUCUUCGCAGCACAAUGCUGCAUUAGCCGCGAUGCACUGAUUUCAGUUCAGCUGGCCGUGAAAACGACAGGUGCAGGUGCUUUGUGCUGUUCUUCUACAAUGCGCAAAACGCUGAUUUUUUUGUAUAGUAAACUAAUACUUUUAAUCUCGAAUGUGAUGUGAGAAGAAGCGUGCCAUUGUUUCCAUCGUGGGAAAUGAGCGUUUACAGCAGCGCCAUCAUGUUUCCUUCGGCGCAUCAUAUCCAGCGAGCGCUCAUCUGUUCUGUUCUUCUCUGGAUGUCGACGGCGGUCAUGACUCGAUCCUCCUCAACAUCGGAUCUUAAAUCCAAAAUAUCUGGUGUGGAAGAACUGCUGGAGGAGUUCCGUAAGCAGCUACAGCAGGAUGAGUCGGGCUCGAGGGAGGAUGAGGAGGAUGGAGACCGCUGUAUCAGUGGCUUCAAGGCGGCGGAGGAGCGCAUCAUCCGCGCCAGCGCGUCCAUCGAGCAGGGCGCCGCGUUCUUGUCCGCCCCGCAGAGGGUGUUCAGCUGGAGGGACUGCGCGCACGCCUGCUGCUCUCACCCGCACUGCACAGCCGCCAUCAUCCAGGAGGACCUCAAGCAGCCCGAUGACAGUUUGCGCUGUUAUUUGUUCAACUGCACGUACAGGGGCAGGAGUGUGUGCUCGUUUUCCUUUCAGCCGGGAUUCAGCACCUACAGUCGGGUGAACAACAGCUCUAGACCCCAUGAGCCCGGACGGGGUUCUACUGCCACUGACAGUCCGAGCACUUCAGCCGGGAGACCUUCAUAUGGGAUUGAUGAGGACGAGUCAGUAAUGCGGGGUUUGGAUGAGCCACCCCGUAGUGAUGCGGGUCAGGACUUGGUGGUUCAGCUGCCAACAGACUGGGCGGUGCUAGAUGGCAGAGACAGCACUGAUGAUCAUGACAUCAUACAUUAUGAAUGGGCUCUUGUGAAAGGAGACCCCUCCGUUAAGAUGAAGGUGACACACCCAGGCCUGCUGAAACUCAGUGGUCUUAGAGAAGGAAUUUAUACCUUUGAGCUGACCGUUACCGACACGUCGGGACAGAAGAGCUCUGACAAUGUGUCUGUCAGUGUGCUCGCCCCUGCACCAAAUGCAGAAGUGUGUACAGGUCACUGUUCUCGAUAUCAGUUCAUGUGUGAUGAUGGCUGCUGUAUAGACAUUGGUUAUGCCUGCGAUGGAAAGCAACACUGCCCUGACCGAUCAGAUGAAGAUUUCUGCCAAAAUUUUGAUAGUGGUCAUAAGUCCAACCCCCCCUCUAAACAUGGACCAGAUGUACAAACUGAAGCAGAUGCCCAGGCACCCACAGAAAUACAGCUCAAUGAUUUCCCUAAAGCUGAAGAACAUCAGCAUUAUGGCUUCAUUUCCCAAGAUCCCUGUGCAGCGCCCCCAGUGGUUGGCCCGUGUAAAGGCGUCUUCCCACGCUGGUAUUAUGAUUCUAAAACAGGAGAUUGCCAGCACUUCCAGUAUGGCGGCUGCAAAGGAAACCACAACAACUUCCUCCAGAAGUCUGAUUGUGUAAAUGAAUGCAUUCAGAAACCAACAGUAACAAAACAUCAGGCCACUGCAACUCCAUUAACCAGUGUGAAAACAUACAUAUCUCCCAUUGCUUCUGUCCAUAAGGAAAAACUGCUAAAUCCUCUCACGGAGUCUCAGAGUUCACUGCCAUCGUCUAAAAUACAUCGUGUACUGGAAGGACACCCACCCCCUGAAUCAGGUGCGAUCUUACCCCUGGCUUUGGGUCUGAUCAUCAGCGUUCUGCUCUUACUGAUGGUGGGCUGCAGGCUCUGGCUUGUACGACGCAGACUGAAGAAAGCUUUGCCUCUCACCACAGAAGAGUCUGAUUACCUCAUCAAUGGCAUGUAUCUGUAGCACAACAGCCACCUGCCAAUCAACCCUCCAAUCUGCUGCACCAUUUGUGUUACUGUGUGUGUAGAGGACACAUAAGUUGUCAAAAAAUCGAAUGCAUGGCUAGCCAACCCUGCUCCUGGGGCCGGUUGCACCAGCUGUAUGUAAGUUACAACUUAGUCUAGUUGUGGCAUAAAGGGGCAAUAAAUUGCAUUGACCUUGAUUGAUAUCCCCUUGAGUGCAAAAUGACACAUCUAUCUCUCCAAUAUAGUAUUCCAAAUUAGGCUUAAAUCUAAACCUUAGGUUUAAAUUUAAAUCUCAAAUCAUGGUAUCUGGAAAAUAUAAUUUCAAACAUGUGAAUGGCACACUAUUUCUGAGAAAUGUAUUUUGUGAUUUUGGUAGCAAAUAUGCAGAUGUGUUUGACUGCAACAGAGGUUCCUGUGGUAUAAAGAUGCAGUUGUAUGAUUUGAUAAUCUGUCCAAAUACUGGCAUACUGGCUUAAUGCACACUUCAGUGUAUAUACUUGUUGUUCAAGUGGGCGAUUUUGAAUUCAGCUUUAUUUUUUUAAAGAAGCAUGAUACACUACAAGCUUGCCUGAUAUUUUUUGACCUGAGAAUUUGACCUUAAAUGAGAGCAUUUUUCUUUUUUAAUUUGGGACAAUUUCUGAAAAAUUUGCUCAGCCUUAAUAGGAUAAACAUUUAAACCAUUAUGUUUCUGUAUCCUUAUAUGACCAUAUGCUUGAAAGUAAAACUUUAAUUUUAAUAUGUUCAUUAAUAAUUUCAGUCCAGGGAAUACAGCUUUAGUUACUGUAAUUAUUGGAGCUGUCUUAAAAGUUCUAGAUUGCGAUUUUACAAUUAAAAAUUCCUUGAUUUAAAAAAACAAAACAAAACAUGGCAUAAAAACAAAUCUGAAAAUAUCUAGUUAGGGUUUUCAAUGUGGUUUAAUGGCUUACUGUGAUAUUAAAUACUUGUAUGUAUAAUGUGUACUUGUGCAAAAAUGUUUAGAAACCAUAUAAUAUAAUGAUUGUAAAACUAUCCAAUUUAAUAAUCUUGGGGGGAAAAAUCCAUUAA